AUGAAGCAUCAUACAAAUUUAUUACAUUAUUUUGAAAAAUUUGCAAUUUAUUACAAUAGUAGACCAAAAAAUUUAAAGGAAAAUUCAUUUGUUAAACAAAAGAAAGAAAUGGUUCCAAUUGAAAUUAAAUAUCAAACAUUAAUUCCAUACUUUUAA